GAGGAAGUCUACGACGCGAUGCGACUUUAUACCGAUGGACGUCAUUGGCGACGUAGCUUGAAUAUUUUAGAACGUCGCUUAAUACGAGCGUCCGUCGUUCCGCGCGAGCUUCCAAUAUGUAAUCGAUCACGCGCUGAAAAGUGGCGCGAUUCAAUUUCCGGCGUAGAUAAGAGUAAAGCUCGCGCGUAUAGCGUUUAAUCGAUUUCGAGUUAACCGCGGGGUCUGCCGAUGCGCGAUCGACGGGAGAAGAUCUCGUAGCCGGGGACCCGGCCCGAUGGGGAAGCCGGCACCGGCCGGAAUUUUACCCCCGCCGAAUACGCGCGUGCGGAAUGACGCGUAUCGCGCGGAACAUCGCCGUCGCGUACACACGCUGAAAUAUUUGUAUAGUGUCAGCUCAAUCAUAUACGUGGCUACAUCCAUAUAUCGAUCAUUUCCAUAGGGGGUCAGUAGUGGAGUAACGUUCCACCUGUCAGUCGGGCACGUAGUAGUGAAUACUACUUGCAGGCGUGAUACAUUCAGUAGUUCGUAUCUCUUAGGUGGAGCACGUUCCUACACGGCUAUGUUCUCGUCGACGCUCCUCGACUAAGGCAAAAGGAAUAUUUAAAUCGAAUUAAUUAUCGCUAUGAAGCACCAACAAGUAACCGUAGACAUGACGAACAUGAUAUUUACCGCUUGCUCCUACCUGGCACUCGCCGGAGCGGUCUGGAUCUUCCUCCGGCUCAUCCAGGCCUGCUUUUGGCUGCCGAAGCAUUUGAAGAGGCAAAAUGACGUUCAGAGAAUGCUGCAGGAUAAGGUGGAAAGUUACGAGAAAUACGUGCUAGAGUGCGAGGAGAAGGAGAGGGUGGAAAUGGAUCAGCUCGACGACGAGAAGAAGAGACUCGAGAUGUCGGAGAAGUGGAAAGAGCGAAGGGAGUGCCUCGACAUGCUCAAGCGGGAGCUGGACCGAGUCCGCGAGGGUAAAGACAUGUCCGAUUGGGACGCCUUGCUGGACGAGGAGCUGAAGAAGCACGAGCUGGAGCUCCUGCAGGAGGAAGAGGAGUUGAAAAAGGAGAAUGCCGAGAAAGAGAAGAGCGACAGUGAGAAGGACGUGAGCAAGGCCGAGAUCGAUACCGAUACCGAGCCGAAAAAGAAGAAGUAACGACCGUCUGUGUUUUCGAAAGUGCCUUACCUUAGACUUUCAAGUUAAAGAAACGAUUGCGCGAGAGCAAAAAUCUUCCCUCGGGCAAGUAAAUUUUCGAAAAUAUUCACGAUGUGGCGCGUAACGAUCAAAAUGACUGAGCGGCGUACAAUCGAUACAAUCGACCCGAAGGAUACUGGAAUCGUUCGGGUUAACUGUUGUAAUUUUAUUGGCGAUCUAAAACUUAUUCACUUUGUUAACACAUAGAGAUCGUGGUCUUAUCAAUUUUCGACAAUCGUCACGAAUGAGAAAGGUAAUUUACAUCGCGUAAAUGACAUGUGACCGAUGUAGGAAGUAUCUUCCGUGUAAUAACGAUCGCGUUACGAUCAACAGGGAGAUAAAUGGUAAGCGAGCGCAUGCAUGUCACGCGUGUACAACGUGCUGUUUCCAGAGCAGAAAUUACAAAUAAAUUGUUCUAUAGAUAUACAUUAUAAUUAUAAGGAAAGCGACAGCUCCUCUUGACAUUCAACAAUUCCUUCGAGAGCGGCAGUCAAGUAUUGUACAAAAAGAUGGUACAAAUCGGCGGAAUUCGUUUCGCCGUUACUCCGCGAUCGAUAUGCAGAAUAAAUCGUGAACGUCUACCUCGACGGACUCGCGCCCGCUUCUAAUACAUGUCACGUUUAUCGAUAUUCUCUCUACGUGCGCAUUAAUAAUAUACAUCAUCAAUUUGCUUAAUCGCGACGGGGCGGCGGCGGCGCGGAGCUUCCUCGGUGGAACCCAAAAUAAAUAAUGCAGCCGGCAUCAUAUUGAUAUUCACAUGUAUCUUCAUCGCGACGGGCGAGCGGGGCGAGGGCGAUAUAUUACGGGACGUUACGUUGACUUCUGUGUUCUCAGGCGUGCGGGAUAUCUCGCGAGAGGGUUUAGAUAGAGACGUAGAGAGUACACGUUUUCGCAAAUAAUUGUAAGGGAACAAUUGAUUAUAUAUAAACGAUUCUACCGCAAUCUAACGACAAUGCAUAUUUGUGUGGCGUGCAAUUUGUUGACUCUGUGUUUUUGUAUUGUAUUAAUGUUAUAUACGAGGCGUGACACGCAACACACAUACACGCACACGCAACAAUCUCUAUUGUAGAAUCAAUAAAGUGAUAAGUAAUUAGGA